AUGCCCGAGCUUAGAAAAACACCUGCUUCUAAACUGAAGCAGAAGCUUCACCACUCCUUGCAAGAGUCCAAAGCGACGAGAAAACUGCGCAUCAUUUACAAUGAUCCUGAUGCCACUGAUUCAUCCGAUGAUGAGCUUGAGAGGAUCCAGAAGCAGAGAAAAACUAAGAGAAGCGUGUGUGAAAUCCCUCUGCCUCCACUUCCUCGGACAUUCACCACUCCUGAAACUAGUUCCUGUGAGGUGAAUAGCAACAACAAUGGUCAACCAGAAAGUAAGAGAAGGAACACUUCUGGAAAAUAUAGAGGUGUUAGGCAGAGAAAAUGGGGUAAAUGGGCUGCUGAGAUUCGUGACCCUUUUCAGAGUACUCGAUUAUGGCUUGGUACAUUCAACACUGCGGAGGAGGCUUCUCAAGCCUACGAAGCCAGGAGGCUUGAGUUUGAAGCCAUGGCAAAGGCUAGAGCCUACAAAAAUGUUUCUAGUUCUAGUCCUGGUUCUGAUCCUUUGCCCACAAAUUCUGAGAAGAGUAUCUGCUGUAACUCUUCUGCUGCUGUGUCUGUGUCCGAGAAGUUUUCUACUACCUCUGACGAUUCAGAAAGUGUGUUGUCACACCCUUCGCCUUCCUCUGUCCUUGAGUUGGAUAUCUCAGUUACCAAAGCCAUUGACAUGGGUAAUUUUUCUAACGAGGAAGCUGUUGAGGCUAAUGAUUUGGUUGCUGAAUUUGCUGAUCUGGAAAUUCCAGAUUUGAGUACGUUGAACUUGCCCUUACCAUAUGACGGUACUACUGCUGUUACGUCUGAGACUGAGCUUGGACUUGAUUUUGAUUGGUUAGGUGAGGAUUUCGGACAGGAUUUUAAUGAUUUUGGUGGCUUGGAAGAUAUUCAUAUUUGUGGGAUUGACAAUGAGUCUAGUGAACUUCCUGAUUUUGAUUUUGGUGAUCUAUGUGCUGAUGAGAUUGCUGAUAAAAAGUCUUCAAA